UCUGACACCGGUAUGUGAGCACCAGCCAUUUAAAAGUAUACCGAUUACGUUGAGCCCCUCGCGUUUCGAGCCCCAAACACUGCGAUGUUUUGAUACUCAUCGCGACUCUCAAAUUGUGAAAAUUAUCUCCACUUGAUGACCCAAAACAUUGUCUGCUGUAUUUUAGGUAAACCGACAAGUUAUUGUGAGAGAGCCGACCAAAAAUUCACUAAUUUUCGUGCACUAAACAAGGUAAACGCGUAAAACAAAUGUAUUACUGUUUGUUUGUUUACGUUGCAAUCAGCUGAUUUUGAAGUUCCGAUUUUGAUCUCAUCAAGAUGGCGUCGUGACAGGAGGCUGAUCCGAACUGAUCAUGCGCAACAGUCAAACGGGUCCUUUUUCGACAGACAAUUGAAAAUGAUUGCACAUUUGGAAACUGUGCAUAAAUUCCAAUAAGCGUACAAUGGAACCUUAUCGGCACGUCAUCAAUGAUCCACAUCAGUGUCGGCUAUGUUUACGAGUAUGCGACGACACCUUUCUGGAAAGUAUCUUCUCCGAGAAGGAGUACAGUUUUGCCCAUCAAAUUUUCGAAUGUACCUCGAUAAGAGUCACCAAGCAGGAUAAUCUGACCAAGAUUUGUAAAAAUUGCGCUGCGCUGUUAUUCAUCACCACCGAAUUCCGGAACGCUUGUUUCAAAACGAACCGAUUGCUGAUGGAAGAUUUUGUUAUCUUAGAAGUGGGCGAGUGGACCGAGUCCGCUAAUCAACGCACACUGCAAGAUUGCUCGGAGUUAAUCGUGAUGCACAAACAACAAGUCGACUAUCUGUAUGCCAGCAUUGUCCCGGACUCCGAGUCCUAUCUAGCCGGAUCGAUGGAGAUUGAACGUGAACUGUUCAAUUCGGUUAGUACUGACAAGGAACAUCGUAUGACCCAGAAGGCGCGAGAUAUUGAUCGAGGUGUUGACAAUUUCAAAGACCUAGAACCAGAGGAACCCGAUCCUGAAAUUAUCAAAGAGAUUACCAAAUUCUUGGAAGGGCAACAGACGACAGAAUGCAGCGAAUGGUGCCAAAUAUGUCAACUGGACAUAACUACGGUACCAGAAGAAUCACUUCGAGGGUUCAAAACGUAUUUUAAGAAAAUUUACAAUGAUAAUCGACGGCUUUACAUUUGCGAAAUGUGUCAGUUGAACCUGGAACUGUUGGCUGUUUGGCAAGAUCUAGCCCAGAGCAAUAGAAACAAGUCAAUUAUGACUAAAGCAGCCUUCAAAAUAAAUGGAAUUAAGGAAACACAACGACAUUUGCUGAAGCAACUACAAAGACUGAAAACGCAACUGAUGAGAACUAAUGAUAGAAAACCGGUUCCCAAAGAAACCAAAACAAACAAACGAAGGAAACAAAUAACAUGUCACCUAUGUGGAAAACAGUACGACCACUGGAAACUGAAGGCCCAUCUGAAUGAGCAUGAAGACAAAAGACCCUACGUUUGUGAUCAGAGUGGAUGUAACAGUGCAUUCCGUGGAUUGGAUUUGCUGAAUCGACACAAGAAACUGCUACACUCGGACUAUUUCUAUAAGAGCUGUCCGGUGUGUGACCGUAAGUGUAAAACACAGGGUGUCUAUAAAACGCACAUUUCUUACCACGAGGACCCAAAGCUACCCUGUGAUGUUUGCGGAAAGUUGAUGAGAAACAAGAGAAGCAUGUGGAAACAUAUGAAGUCCCAUGAAAGUAUGGAGGAACGAAAGCAUGUGUGUGAUAUAUGCAACAAGCGGUUUGCCGUUGCCUAUACGCUUCGUGUUCACCGACGAAUUCACACACAGGAAAAACCAUUUGCCUGCAAUAUCUGUGAAAAGCAAUUCCAAUACAAUUGUUUGUUGAAAAAUCAUAUUAACAGAUACCACAACAAAUAGACAGACACUAUAUAUUUCAAA